AAUUAAAAAUGUCAUAAUUUUGCUCAACAAUCCUGUGUUGAUAGGCAAUGUUUCUUGGCUCUUUAUUGUGUUGCCGCUCCAGAAAACCACAGGGCGAAAAUCUACAAUGUCCCCAGGAGUAUAUCAAGGUUUUAAAAGAAACCACAGCUUUAAAAACUGGCCAAAUAACUCAUCUGUAUAAAUGUUUUUGCAAUUUGGCCAAGGAUUCUUUGGAAUUCCCUCCUCAACAUUUAAAGAAGAGCAAUUUUCUCUGCAUUACCAGUUUGCAGAGCAAUCCUAUAUUGUCCAUAUUAUUAGCAGCCAUGUUUGGUGAGAGGAAACAUUUGAAAUUUCUAGAAUUUGCCAAAUAUUUAAGUAAUUUUCAAGCUUGUAGUUCGAGCUGGAAGUCGGAGCAAAUUGAGGAAAUUAAACAAAGGAAAUUGAAAAUGCUUUUCAAUAUGUAUGAUCAUGACAAGAAUGGCUUGAUUAGCGAAGAGGAUUUAAUCUUUGUGGUGCAUAAAUUAUUUUCGGAUAUUUGGAAUAGCGAGCAGAUCAUGAAUGUGGCCUCUAUGAUGAUGUUGGAAAUGGAUAAUUCCCAUACAAAUCAAAUAUUGUUUAAUGAUUUUUGUUCAGCCUUGGCGGUAUUUGAUAUGGAGGAAUGUUUAAUUACCAAAAUACCUAGUGGGGGCAGGAAUUAGCUGAAAUACUUACUUGGUUCUUAAAUUUAAUUGUCUUAUUUUUGUUAUUAUUUAAAUUUAUAUGUUAUUAUUGUUUAUUUUCUGUCUUUAUAAAACAUUUAAUUU